AUGGCGACCGGAACUCUCAAGCAAUCGAACCCAAGUGAGGUACAGGAAAGCCCUGCAGCCUCUAGAGCCAGUAACAUGCGCUCCAAAGAUCCCAACGAGCGAGAGAAACACUUUCUCCCGUCUAUUCGUCACUCUCCGCAACGAGCCGCGAACCCAUUCCUCAUCACCAAGCGCCAGGAUGAGAAACAACUUUGUGUCUCCUCAAGAUACCUACAUGUAAAUGACUUUCACCUGACCAAGACCCUUGGAACCGGCACAUUCGCUCGAGUAUGGCUUGCACGGUUGAAGGAUCAGCAGGAUAAGAACAAAGUGUAUGCGCUGAAGAUUCUGCGCAAGGCUGAUGUCAUCAAGCUCAAGCAGGUCGAACAUGUGCGCAACGAGCGCAAGACACUUGCUGCAGUCGUCGGACAUCCUUUCAUCACGACCCUUGUCGCUUCAUUUUCGGAUGAACAAUGCUUGUACAUGCUGUUGGAAUAUUGCCCCGGAGGUGAGAUCUUCAGUUAUCUUCGACGAGCACGACGGUUCGAUGAAGCAACGUCAAGGUUCUAUGCGGCGGAGAUCACAAUGACAAUUGAGUAUCUACAUGAUGUUCAAGGGGUAGCCUACCGUGAUCUCAAACCGGAAAACAUUCUACUCGACGCCGAUGGUCAUAUUAAAUUGGUGGACUUCGGAUUUGCAAAACAAGUUGGUAAUCGUGAAACCUAUACCCUCUGCGGAACCCCAGAGUACCUGGCUCCGGAGGUCAUCCAUAACAGUGGUCAUGGACUUGCGGUCGACUGGUGGGCACUUGGGAUUCUCAUUUAUGAAUUCUUGGUCGGGCAACCUCCUUUCUGGGAUCAAAAUCCGAUGCGAAUCUAUGAGCAAAUUGUGGAGGGUCGGCUGCGCUUCCCCCCAAAUAUGCCUGCAGCAGCACAGAAUAUUGUCUCACUGCUCUGCAAAACAAGCCCGACAGAACGGCUGGGCUAUAUCUCUGGUGGUUCGGCGCGAGUGAAGGCACACCCUUUCUUUCAAGAUGUGAUUUGGGAUGAUCUGUUUUAUCGACGCGUUAAGGGUCCAAUUGUUCCGCGAGUAUCACACCCGGCGGACACUGGUAACUUCGAGGACUAUCCGGACUCCGAUCAUCGAAACCAGAACAUCUACACCGACGAUCUGAAAAAGAAAUAUGAAGCUCUCUUCAGUGAUUUUUGA